GGUCUCGGGCGCUAGCACCAAUCAGCAACCGUCUUCGUGAGUCUGCUUGCCACCUAACUCCAAGCUGAUUUUCGGCCGCGACAGACGAUCCCAAAUACAAAGUUGAUAUACCUACUGGCAAAAACUCCAGCCUUCAGGUUUACCCACCCCCAGUGAUCCAUUGGGCACAAGGAUUUCAAGAGAAACACUCCACUGAUGUGUGAGAACAGCACCGAGAUUUGUCCUGAGGAAUACACAGACAUGGAGUACAAGAGAGAAGAAUCCGUGAAGGAAGUAAGAGCCGCGCGAGCCAAAGAGAGGCGUCUGGCCGCACUGCGUCGCCUGAGUGGCAAGAAAACACAGGCACGAAAAGUAGUGACAGAGGGACGGAACACUGAGUCCUUGAAGGGGCCGGAACAAAAUCAGUCCUUCAAAUACAGCGCACCUCAGACAUGUGACUCUGAGAACGAGGAUGAAGAACACAUUGAAAUUUCUAAGAUUGACUGGGUAACGGAGUGGCUGGACAAACAUUGCUUCUUUGAUGAGCAGGCCUGGGGCGCCGUCAUGGCCGGUGUUGAGGCCACGCCAGAGGAGAUGGAAAACGAACUCCAGGACAAACCCAACCCUCCUGUCGGUAACUUUAAAUUGGAUAGUAGCGAAUACACUUCACUAGACAACACCUGCCCCAAGAAAUUUCUCGCCGCCCUCACGCGCCUUAAUCACUUGCAAAAGUCACACGAUGAUAUCCUGGCACAGCUGACCUUCCCCAACAAAAUGGUGGUGCAACAUGUGACAUACAUCGUCAAGGCCUUCCUGAGACGCAUGUACUUUAGAAUGAAGGGCAAGAGCCACAAGAAACAGGAGGCCGUCAUGCGCAAGAUGCACUACGCCAUGCAGGGCAUCGUGCAUCGCUACUUCAAGCGGGGCAUGGAUAAGAAAGUCUAUUUACACAAAGCAGCGGAGAAGGACGAGUUUGAAAACUGGAGUGAUGAUGAAGAUGACGAGGAAGGUCGAGGCGAUGACGACCAGAUGGAAGAAGGAAGCGUCAAUGAAUCCAAAGACGAAGAAUGUGACGAAGUUCAGGAAAACGAAGAGAACCGGUCAAAUAAUGAAGACGAAAUCCAAAAAUGUAAGAUAGCAAAUGAAGAGAUAAAGAUGGCGAAGAAGUUUGUGAGUAGCGCUGUCACGCUUCACGCACAGGCCCCAGAGACUCUGCUGAACACCAUGGAAGCGAUUUACAACGGAAAGGUGACGGUGGAGCACGUGCUCAAACACCCCCAAACUCUCACCCACCAGAAUGACCGCGUGGAAGGAUGCGUGCCUGGGAUGAAGGGACAAGACGGUAACUCAAGCAACGAAGAAGACGACGAGGACGAGUAUUACAUCCCUGACGACAAGUCACACGCCAGCCUUGAGUUCUCCGACGACGAGAGAAUGCACUGCCACCUCGCAGACGUGGAGGAUGAUGAGUGUGAAACGAAUGACGCUUCUUGGGAUGAGGAGGACGACAGUGACGCUGAGAGUGAGGCCCGCUUGAGUCCCACUGAGUAUCCCUCAGAUGGCGAGGAGUACAGCUCGGUUGAAGACGGCGAGUGCGGUGGUGCCAGUGAUGAUAAUAUAACAAAGAAAAGCCAGACAUCACCAGAGAAGGAGGUGGACUUCAAGCUGCUUAACAGACUUGCCGGCGAAUUCAGUGACGGUAGUGAAGAGGAGGGGCACGAGAAGGCGGCGUGGAGGCGGAGUCAGGAUGUAAGCCGCACUCUGUGGAUGCAGGAAAUGGUCUCUGACUGCCCACUCAAAGACAAGACUUACAGUCAAGAAUUCCACUGCUGCCGAGCUCCGUUGUUCCCCAAGGUCAAUCUUUCAACACAUUCCAUUCAAGAGAAGGAAGAAAUUCUUGAACAGUUUAUGGAAAAGAAUGUCAGCAGAAACAUUCGCCGCUACGUCAUGAAAACAGUUUGCCGAAGGAAUUUCGCGAUAUUCAAAAAGGUGUGGCGGCGUGCCAAGGGCCUCAAGCGGUUCCCAGGACUGCGCCUGGGCACACAGGACACUGCAGCGUGGCAGUCUUUCAAGCGGCAGAAGGCCUACCUUAACGACUUUCUCAUGACGGAGAAAGAAGCCCUUCUUUACAGUUUGUCGCGGAAGCACAAAGUGUCGUGUGAAGAAAUUUUCCAAGCACAGGGGACGGUAGAAAUGCUCCGUAAGAAACGGCGACUCGCAGUCAAGAUUGUCAAGUUCCUGGACCAGCUCCCCAUCCGCCGCCUCCAGUACCUGAAUGAACGCGUCCUCGCAAAGGCACAGCGGGAAAAUGGAGGGGAGCCGCAAAGUCACUCAGACAUGACUUCCGUGUUGCUGUUUUUACAGACUGUGGCUACAAUGCAAGGACAGGAGUCGCCCUUUCCCUGCCACGGCCCUGUCUGCGAGAAGCUUCAAGGCUACGUGGAGAGCCUCGUUCACGAUAUCGACGACGAAUAUAAGUUUUUUUGUAAGGAAAAGGGAAAUCAGGCCCGCCGCGAGGAGGUCAAAGUAAAACUGAAUAACAUGAGCAGAAAUAAGUUGGAAAAGUACUUGUCUGUCGCGAAAGAAACUUAUCAGAGCUUGACGCACAAGUUUCUGCAGCAGAAGCACAAGUACCUUAAGAGACGCUUAUCGGAGCACGAGCUUAACAGUCUGUUUCCCUUGUGCCCCAAAGAUGACAUAGGUCUGAUGCACCUCCCUAAACACCAGAGGCUGCUACUGCUCACCCAACAUAACAACAAACAACUCAAGCUCCGGCGUGAUUACAUUAACAUGGUCAAGGAAAAGGCACGCCACACCAAGACAGUUCUGGCCAAAAUGAACAGGUUCUUGUCGCGGAGUUCGGCUCAAGACAUAAUUUUGAAAGUUUAUGACAUUCAGACGCAGGAGAGUGAGUGGGCACAGAGGAGCAUGGUGCUGGAAGAUGAGGCAAUAAGCUACUUGGAGGUGUCGCCGCAGGAGUACAAGGAGUCCACCAAGGACUCCCUCACAGGCCUCACCUGGGACAUCUGGAGUGACGAUGAGCAGGACAGUGAUUCGGGCUGGAUGGAUGAAGGCUCAGAGGAAGGUGAAGAGGAGAUGAGGAAGGAAGAGGAGAUGGAACGAAAGGCUGACUAUACUGAAAACGAACCGCUGACUAUACAGAAAAUAUUCCGUGAGCUGCAUGUACAGUAUUAUCCUGCAGGAAAUUACAUACUUAAAAAUCAGCAGGAUGUCCAGGAAUCCUAUCCAACUUCCUUCCCCUUCGAACAAAAACCCUGGGAGACUCCAGUCCACCACGCGAUCCUGGAUAAAUUCGUAACGUAUCUUAGCAACAACAAAUCCCAGACUGGCAGGGCGUUGAAGAUCGACUUUCGGAAAGAAAUACGUCGACUCUGGCACUACAAACCUAAAGGGUUCAUAAAGACCAUUCGAUGCUACGAGAACCUCAGCAAAACUUACAACAAGGAGCACAAGAAGACGUUACGAGCAUGGACGGUCACGAAGGCUGACGAAGACCACGAGCACCUAAAGCACCAUGAAUUCAAAGUGUCCUCGGAGUGCGAAGGAGAGACUACGAAAGAAAAAGAGAAAAUCAUUUCAAUGAAAAGGAAAUUCCAGGUAAAUGAAGACAUUACUCAUCAAUUUCUAACUGCAGAGUCAAAGAAAAUUAAACUGGAUCACGAUGAACACGAAACAAUGGAAAUGGAUACUGGAAAAAAAAUCAAAAGGAAAAUCGAGGAGAGUGAACAAAUUAUGCAAAUUAAUAAAAAAAUCAAGAAUGGCGGAUAUGACAAAACUAUUAAUACGAAGUGCACCUCAGCAGAAGACGAAGAACAAAAAAAGUCAGUGAAAAGGCGAUUUCAGGAAGAAUGGGAUGUAAUGGAACACCCAAAAGACAACCUCAAAGAAGUUCAAAAUAAGAAAAAGAGGGUUUGGCGAGAAGAGAGUCACGAAUUUUGAAGUGAAAAACUUUGAGAGCAGUGAGGAUGUAGAAAGUUGAAGAGAAUAAGCAUGUGUAAACUAUAAAGACAAAAGUAAAAAAAACAUAAAAGUAAAAAAAAUUAUUAAAAAUAAUUAUUAAGAAAUAACAAAAACAAAUAAGGAUAAGAGAAGAAAGAAUGACAAUAAACAAGAGAAAAUAUAUGAUUUGAUGGAAAAUAGAGAGAUACUAGAAAAAAAACAAUAAGAAUAACGUUUUGUUGAUUGGAAAGAAAUCAAAUUAAAAAAAAAUAGGCCUUAAAAAGAAAUCAAGAAUUUUACAUGAAAAAAAAAAAAAAAAAACUUGAUGGAGAAGGAGGAACAAAAGAAAAAGAACUUCAAUAGUGGAAAAUUCAUGAUUGCACAAAGCUAGAAUUUUGAAAUUCCCGAUCUUACCUCAUCGCCCCCGAAAAAAGGAAAAAAUAAAUAAAUAAUGAGAACAGCAACAACAAAAUAAGGCAUCCUGGAAAUAACGACCAAAAUCACGAGAAUAAUAAGAAAAAUAGUUUUGGCUAAUUUUGAUAAGAUUUAAGAAAACAGACUGAAAAAAAAAGGAUCGGCAGUCAAAAAUACAGAAAGCACUAAAACUUAUGCAAAAACACUACAACGAAAACAGAAGUCAAGCAUGUCACACUACUAAAAGAAGGAACAAAAUCCUAAAAAAAAAAUGUGUUAAAACAUUAAAAAACAGAUUCCACAGUAAAAUAACCAUUCAAAAUAGUGAAGAGAGGGCGGCAAAACAAUGAAAAAAAAAAGGAUUCAAUUGUAAAACAAGGAAAUCAAAAUACUAAACAAGACAAAACAAAAAAAAACGUAAAAACACUAAAAAACAGUCAUAACAGUAAAAAUUGGAGCUAAAACACAUAAAAAAAAAGGAGUCAAACAAUAAAAACAAGUCACUUAAAACAUUAAUAGAAGACUUCAAGCACUAAAAAUGCAGUCAAAAAAAAGUAAAAAAAAAAUAAAAAUAGGCAAAACAAUAAAAAGACAUAAAAAAACACAAACGAGUAAAAGCUAAAAAAAAAAAACAUUAAAACCUUAAAAAGUGGUGAAAAUACUGAAAAAAUGUCAAAACACUAAAAAGAAGACAAAAAUACUACAAAAAGUGUCAAAACAACUAAAAAAAAAAGAAAUCAACUCUAAAACAAGAAAUCUAAACACUAGAAAAGUAGUUAAGCACAAAAAAAAACACAAAAAGAAAAUAAAAACUACAAACACUACAAAGGAGUCACAAGAGAAAAUGUUGGCAAAACAAUAAAAAAAAAGACAAAUGGAGUAAAACACUUAAAAAGAAAAAAAAAACUGUAAUAACAAAAAAAAUGUUAAAAACUAAACAAAUGGAUGCAAAACACUAAAAAAGAAAAAAAAAUAAUUAAAACACUAAAAAAUGUAUUCAAACCAUUAGAAAAGAAAAAAAAAUGGAAUCAAAACAGUAAAAAAAAGUUAAAACACUAAAUAGAACAAAAAAUGGAAUGAAAACAGCAGCAAAAUAAGGAAAUGGAGUCAGAACACUAAAAAAGGAAAAAAAAAAAAUGGAAACAAAACCCUAAAAAAAUGGAGUUAAAAUAAUAAAAAAUAAACAAAUGUAAGAAAAAAUCUGUCAAAACACGAUAAAACCAAAUAGCACUAAAAAAGAAAAAAAGACACUAAAAAGAUUCAAAACACUAAAAAAUGCAGAAAAAAAUGGAGUCAAAACACUAGAAAAGAAAAAAAAAAGAAAACAUUAAAAAGGAAUCAAAACACUAAAAAAUGCAGUAAAAACAUAAAAAAAAGAAAAAAAAUGGAGUCAAACACCAGCAAAGAAAAAAAAUCAAAAUACUAAAAGGGAGUAAAAAAAAGAUAGCCAAACACUAAAAAUGAAUAAAAAUCACUAAAAAAGUCAAUACACUAAAAAAGGCGUCAAAACACAGAAAAUAUUCAAAAUACUAAAAAAAGAAAAACUGAGUGAAAACACUAAAAAGGACUCAGAACAACUAAAAAAAAAAGUCAUAACAAUAAAAAGUCUAAACAAAAUAAUGUCAAAACACUAAGAAAGUGAAAACAUUAAAAAAUGAGUGAAAACACAAAAAAAUGUAUCCAAAACAGAAAAAAAGAUUGAAAACAGUAAAAAUUCUGUUAAAAACACUAAAAGGACGGAAAACAGUAAUAAGUGACAAAACACCAAAAAAAUGAGUCAAAACAAUAAAAAGGAGACAAAACACGAAAAAGGACUCAAACAAUAAAAAAAAAAGAGAAAGAGGCAUCAAAGGAAUGUCAAAGCACUAAAAAAAAAAAAAAAAAUUGAGUCCAAAACUUGACAAAAAUAAUAGUUAAAACAAUUUAAAACAGACGAAACAACAAAAACGCUAAAGUCAAAACAUUGAAAAAAGAUCAAAACACUAAAAACGAAAGAAAAAUAAAAAUAAAUAAAUAAAUCACUCCCAACACCUCAAAUACAAAAAGAAUGAGCCAAAUAACUAAAAUAACAACAAACGUCAAAAUACUAAAGAAAAAUUAGUAAAAAAUUAAUGAAAAUACUAAAAACUCAAACAAGUCAAAACAUUACAGUGAGCCAAAAUUAAAAAAAAAAAUGAAGUGAAAAUACAAAAAAGAAAAAAAUAUAUUAACAUAUUAAAAAAAAAUACAUAUUAAGAGAAAAAUGUUAAAAUAAUAAAAAAAGACAAAAACAAACAAAAUGAAAAAAAAGAAGUUUAAAAACUAAGAAAUAAAAAAACAGUUAAAACACUACUAAAGCUCAACACACUAAAGUAGGAGCCAAAACAAUAAAGAAACCAAAACAAUAAAAAGAUUAUCAAAAGUCUAAAAUUAGAAUCAAAACACUAAUAAAGGAGUCGCAACACUAAAAAUUAAACUAGAAUAGAAAAAAAAAAAAAAACAUGGAGUCAAAACAUCAAGAAAAAAAAAAUCAUUGAAGCAAAACAAUAAAAAAGAAAAUGAGUCAAAACAUGAAAAAAAUAAAUAAAUGAAAUAGAAGUCAAAACAAUAAAAUGACAAAAACUAAAAAUAUUAAGAAAAUAAUGAAGAUACUAAAAAAGGAUAAAAGGCAAAACACAAAAAAUAAAAAAAAAUAAUAAAUGGAGUCAAAAACACUACAAAACAUCAAAACACUAAAAGGAAAAAAAAAGGAAAAAUAAACUACAAAAAUUCAAAACACUGUAAAAGUAGUGAAAACACUAAAAAAAAUAAUAAUAAUAAAAAAGUCAAAACAAAGAGGCAGGAGUAAACAAACAAAAAGUUGAAACACUAAAAAAAAAGUAAGAAAGGAAAAAUGGAGUCAAAACAUUAAAAAAAUCAAAAUACUAAAAAAAAUAUGAAAUAUACCCAGAACACGAAAUGGAGCAAAAUAAUAAAACAAAAAAUGGAGUUCAAUCAGUAAAAGAAAAAAAUAAAUAAAUAAAAACGCUCAAAAAUAAUAAAAAAAAAACAUUCACAAACAUUCAAAACACUAAAAUACAAAAUAUGAAAAAUAUAAAAAAAAGGAAAAAUGAAGUCAAAACAUUAAAAAAAAAAAAAAAACAACGAAGAAAUAAUGAACACUAAAAAAAACAGGGAAAAAAAAUCAAAACACAAAAAGAAGAAAGACAUUUGAAAACAUUAAAAGAAGAAAGGAAUUCAAACAAUAAAGAAAAAAAUAAUAAAACACUAAAAAGAUAAAACUACUCAAGACACUAAAAAAGAAAAAAAAAGUUAAAACAUUAAAAGAAAAAAAAGUGAAAACACGAAACAAACAAAAAAGUUCAAAACACUGAAAGAAAAAAGAAAAAAUGUAAAGAAAAAGAAAAAUGAAAAGAAAGUCAGACUCAAUGAUAAAGGAAAGUCAAACAAUCAGUGAAAAAGAAACAUAACACAAAAAAGG